AUGCCGCUGCCGAAGCGCUGCGUAGAGCCCGUACACGUGUCGCGAGGCACCGUACCUGAGCGGCUCGCGGUCCCCUCCGAACUAGAAGCCGUCACUAAUGGCACACUCGCCAACACUGUCAGGCAGCUAUCGUCGCUGUCGAAACAUGCGGAAGACAUGUUCGGUGAGCUGACACGCGAAGCUACCAAUCUUGCGGAACGGACGAACGUUCUACAGGCCAGGAUAGACAGGCUCGCCAUUAAAGUUACUCAACUCGACUCGGGUGUCGAAGAAGUUUCCUUACAAGAUAUUCAAAUGCGUAAAGCUUUCCGGUCAGCGAGAACAUUCCAGCAACAGCUGUUCUCUCGAAAUUCCAUGCCAUCAGCGAUGCUCUCCACAUACGCACGCUGCGAUCGACCGCCCCCACUCGAAAUGCUCAACGAGUUUAGAGACGACGGUAGGGAUGCCAGAAAGUUCUACACAGAUCCCGAUUACUUCUUCGAAUUGUGGAGGAGGGAAAUGCUGCAAGACACAGAACGCAUCCAGCACGACCGAGGGAAGAAGGUUCGCCCACCCCGGAGCGGCAGUGGCGCCGAGGGCCGCAACACGCGGCGUGUGCGGCCCCCGCACUCCACACGCGACCGACUCAAGGAAGCCGCUGUCACUCGCGGCGAGCACAUCAUGGCACCUAGCCAAUUGCGGCAUUACAACGUCGACCUACAACAGUACAAGACAGAUCCUGUCUAUCAGAUUACAAAUGUGUCGGAUGGUGGGUAUAGAGCAUCACAGACACGCACGCCAGCGACGCAGCAAGCUAGACCAAACUCGAUCGAAAUUGAAAAUCAGCAGAAUAGGCAACCGAGGAUAACUGGAAAUGGACACGUGGUGGCGGACGAGAGCCCGUACGGGUCGGUGGGCGGCGAGCCCAUCUACGGCGGCAGCAUGGCCGGCACGCCGCGCCGCCCGCGCCCCUCCGUGCCGCCCCCCGCGCCCCCGGCGCCCCUGUCGCCCCACUCGCCCCACUCGCCUCACUCGCCGCUCUCCCCGCCUGCGCUCAACACGCCCACCAGGUCGACGCUGCCGCCGCCGCCGCCCCCGCCGGAGGGCGCGGCUCCGCUGCUGAACGGCGCGUCCCCGCCGCACCGCACCGCUCUCGACGCGCACCUCGACCACAUGCACGCUGUCAUCGGUAUGAUGUCGUCGGAAGAGGCGGACAGCGCUGUGGUGCCGGCGGCGCCGCUACCGCCGGUGGCCCCGCCCUCCCCGCCGCCCCCACCCCCCGCGGCUCCGGGCGCCCCGCCGGCCCCGGGCGAGGACCGGCCGCGCCCCCCCUCGCCCGGGGCGCUCCUGCGCGGCGCGUCAGCGCUCAAGCCCCCGCGCCCUACGCCCGACCCGCAGCCAGACCCUCGCUCCGACCUGCUCAAGGCGAUCCGCGACGGCAUAAAACUUCGCAAGGUAGAGAAGCGAGACGACACGACGGGUCGGUACGACACCCUGCGAGGCGCCCCCGUAUUCCUGGACGUGGCAUCGAUCUUGGCGCGGCGAGUGGCCCCCGAGCGAGCCGGCCCCGAGCCCGCCGCGGCCGCGCCCGCGCCCAAGCCGCCCGCGCUCGACGACGCCUGCUACGUGCGCAACUCGUCCUUCCUCAGCCAGGAUAUCGAGGCGCAGAAGGCCGCGCGGCGCCCCGCCGAGGUGCCGCCCAGGAAAUCAUCCAUACCCGCCGUCCCACCAAAUUCCGAAGUCGCACCACCUACUAAAGAGUCGCCCCCCGUCAGAGUCACCUCUCCGAUGAAAUCCCCUCCCAAGAAAAAUCCGCCGAUUAAGUCGCCGCCGACCUCAUCGCCUCUGAACAAAUCACCUCCGAUUAAAUCCCCUCCGCUGAAAUCUCCUCUGAUUAAAUCCCCUCCACAGAAAUCUCCUCCGAUUACAUCUCCACCAGUUAGAUCAUCACCAUCAGCCGUUUUUCGCUCCCCGCCCACUAGCGUUGUGACAUCCCCGCCCGCUAGCGUGGUGACAUCCGCGCCCGCUAGCGUCGUGACAUCCCCACCACUAAAAAAAACGACUCCGCCCCGGACGGAUGUUAUCUCUCCACCGAUCGCAGACCUCAAACCAUCAGGUUUAGUGUCAAAGACCGACGAUAGCUCGGGAACAACCCGAACUCCGUGGCGGGAGUCGCCGGUCAUCAAGGAGGGACACACCCAUGUUGAGAAACUAUCCCUAGAGAAUGAAAAAGUUAAUCUGACCGAUUCGAAAGCCGAUGUCACUACUGAAAGCGUUGAAGGAAAGUGCGAGUCAAAAUCGGAGGAAUCAAACGGAGUUGGUGAUAAAAUAAAAAAGUUUGAGAAAGCGGCUGAGGAUGCUAAUGCGAACGUAGGUCGACUGUCGCGUCCGGGUUCCGUCCGAGGGCGACCCCGUACAGAACGUCUAGGUUCCGACAAUAGUCGAGAAGAUCUGCCCCCGCCCGCGACUCCCUUCAAGGAUAAUGUUCACUUCGAUCUGGGCACCGCCACACUUCCCGAUCGGCCGGCCACUGUACUAGAAAGACAGCAAAGCCUGACCAGAAUUGCGACUGCGGCAGCUUCCGUCAGGUGGCAGCCCGCUUCCGCGGAUGUAGAAAAGAUUCGCCCGGAACCUCAGAAAAUAAUAAAGCCAGAAUUUAAGCCGAUGCCGCCGAUGCCCCUAGACGUUACGAUACGCUCUCCGAGUUUAGGCGCCAAGAUCAGCGAUCAAUUUCCGUCGCACGGUACCGCGUUUCGAAACGUCGCUUCCCCCGAUCCCGCCCGCUCCAGAGACCUUCACAAAAUCAACGACGAUGUAAAUACUCAAAAUAAUUUUAAGACUUGUAAAUUUAAAAACAAGGAGAAGUACUCGGUCAGCAAGGGGUCGAGUUACUACACUAGGGGAUCUGAGGAAAUAUGGCUAGUGAAGAAGAAGGAUAUCGAGGAAAUAGAGGAGAGGGUGCUCGACUCCUUCAGACGAGCAGGUGGGAAUAUUUGUAUGAGGAGUGAGUCUAUGCGACCGUCGUCUGACAGCGGCCAGACCGUGUCAUUCUCACAUGCGACCAUGGGUAGGACUAAACGUCAGAUGUACGCUCGCAGCGAGUCAUUGGAUCCGCAAUGGGCCGGUGCUCGCGCUCAGACUCUGAAGCGCCAGUCGUCCGUGGCGUGCACGUGCGGCCACGACAAAAAGACCCGCGCAAAGAGUGCCGGUGCCGAGACCACUCCCCGUCCUCGUUCUCGUUCUCACGGUGACGAAAAUAAUCAAGCUCACGUUCUAGAUAAGUACGAGACACUCGUCUAA